GUCAGAGAGAGACUUCACGGUUCCAGCCUCUGCAAACAGAGGCGAUGACAGGGAACUGUUUGUAGGAGGCGCGAAGGAGACACUCGCGAGCAACGUCGUCGGAAAGAUUGGGGAUAAGUUCCAUCGAGAAAGUAUCAAAGAUUGAAACUUUUAUUUAUCUGUUUGUGGAAAAGUGAAGAAGAUUGAAGCUUUAGAAGAGGGAGAGAUAUUGAAACAGUUUUAGUAAAAGAGAGAAUUUUGGAUUGAGAGCAGGUUGAAGAUGAUGAUGAUGGUGAUUGUGAAUGGGGAAGAGGAGAGUGUGCCGCUUUAUAGAUAUUUGAAGAUAAGUGUUUAAUUCUAGAAACUUGUUGAUUCAUUCCUCGUUUUUUUUUCUUUAAUACUACAAGUUUGAGCAACUGGAUUGUGGAAUUUCCCUCGUUUUUCAGAUUGCUCGCAAUUGAAAAGUUUUCCUGAGAUUUCUAAUAAUAUUGUGGAUUUCAAACUCCUAGGAACUGGAAUCAAAGAGGUUCCUUUGUCGAUCAUGUCGUGGUCUCGUCCUUUAAAAUUUCGGAUGUCAUACUUUGAAAGCCUCAAGGAAUUCCCGCAUGCUUUUAACAUCAUCACGGAGCUGGUUUUGGUAAGGGAAGAUAUACAAGAAGUUCCUCCAUGGAUCAAGGGAAUGUCUCGUUUACGUAGACUUAGACUCUACAACUGCAAUAAUCUGAUUUCACUCCCCCAGCUUUCAAAUUCCCUAUCUUGGAUAGAUGCAAAUAACUGUAAGUCUCUUGAGAGACUGGAUUGUUCCUUUAACAAUCCGAAGAUUUGUCUCCACUUCGCCAACUGCUUCAAACUGAAUCAAGAAGCCAGAGACCUCAUCAUACACACAUCAACUUCUAGAUAUGCUAUAUUACCGGGUGCACAAGUACCUGCCUGCUUCAAUCACCGACCUACUGCUGAAGGUUCCUUGAAAAUCAAGUUGACUAAGUCACCUCUUUCUACAUUCUUGAGAUUUAAGGCUUGUAUCAUGCUGGUUAAGGUUAAUGAAGAAAUGAGUUUUGAUCAGAGAUCGAUGAGAGUAGAAAUUGACAUCAAGGACGAACAGAAGGAUCUCAAAGUUUUGCGUACACCAAGAGGCUUUACAAUAGAUCAACUUUUAACAGAGCAUAUCUACACAUUUGAACUCGAAGUAGAGGAGGUGACUUCCAUGGAUCUUGUCUUUGAGUUCAAAACAUACAAUAGAAAAUGGAAGAUCGGAGAAUGUGGGCUACUCCAAAUUUUGGAGGUUCCUUCAUGUUAAUGAACAUGAUAAAAGCUUCAGAGAUGGCAUUAGAGGGAGGAGUUAUUUGCAGAAAUGAGAUAUAUACAAACAAAGACAGUGAAAAUAGAGAUGAGGAGGGAAAGAAGGAAGAAUCUAUGUCAUGAGUAGAAGAAUCUGAAAAUCCAACACUAGGAAGCUGUGGCGACUUUGAAGUUCAUGGAAUUGAGAUAACAUCAUUAUC